GAUAAUAAAGAAAAUGAUCGAUUUUCAUCGGAAAAAAUUAACAAUAAACUCGAACGUCCAACAACCCCGGAAAACAAAAUACGAACCAUCACAUCUAGUGAUGAAAGAUCUCUCACCCUAGCUGUUCCCAUAGAGCCCUCAACCAUUCCUUUCUCAGCUGUUCCUGAACAGGACAAAGACAUAUUCAAUAAAACAAUGUUACGGGAGUAUUUAAAUAUACAACGAUACAUCUAUAAUCAUUCAACUUCGAAGGAUUGGCUUAUUGGAGAAUGCAACAUUUCAAAUGAUUUUCGAAAAUUUCAAAUUUCUAACAUAAAAAAAUUAGAAGGUGGCGCGACUUUUCUUUUCUCAUCAGAUGUCGAGAUGAUAUUAUCCCUUCAUCACAUUAUGCUCAUUGACCUCACAAUGAUGAAAAAGCCGAAUUAUGUAACAACGGAUGAACAGAGUUGGCGUGCAUCAAUCCGCCAACGAAGUCAACCUGAUCUACCAAACUUUUUUUUUGAUAUAAUGAACGAAUAUGAAAAGGUGAUAAAUGAUAUCGAUGAACUCCGUCUAGUAUUUUAUAAAAUGUGGGGAAUUUAUUGUGCAAAAAUUAUCUAUUCGGACAACGAGAGACGCAUUUUCGAAACCGUACAAGUUGUUGUACGCUCAUUUUUUGAGAGAAUGCACGUACUCACUGGUUCAGUCAAAGACGAUAACGAGGACACCAUCAUGCACGAAUAUAUUCAUGAUAUUUUUAAAGAAACAUUUAGAGAUUCAAACUAUGAAAUCGUGUGGGCAAACUCACAAAGUGAAUCAUCAAAAGAACAUCGUGCAUUUUAUGGGCGUUCGCAAGGAAAAAGAUCCGAUAUGACACUUUAUCGAAUCGUAGAAAAGAAUGAACGUGAAGAAACUUGUUUUAUCGAAGCAAAACCUUUUACCACCAAAAGAAAAAGCAAAGUAGGCGGCUACAAUCUUUACAAGGUAGGAAUUUUCUGUCAAGGAGGGAUAAACAAAUUGAUUUCCAUACAUGGAAAUAAACUUGGAACAAAGACUUUCGGGGACACAUUUGCGUCCUACAUUUAUUUUUGUUCAAUGGACCUGGAGUAUGACGGUAUCUACCGUUGCUUCAAACUUUCCGAGGUUAAAAUUGCUCAAAAACUUUAUGAAUUCAAUCUUGUUCGAAAGUUAAUAAUGGAAACAUAUUUCCUUAAGUGCCGUAUAGAUCAUUACUAUUCAAAUCGAAAUGAUCGCAACGGGUCCCCUCGUCGAAAUAGUUUUGUUCGUAGCCCUACCAUUUCGCCAAAAGCACCCAAAAAUGCAGUUCCGGAUUCUCGUAUUGCUAUUGAGGUAAACGCAUCAACCACACCUAAAAAUCUGAAUCAUGUGUCCUCAGAGGCAACAGGUCAGAAUAGUGUAUCGGAAACGCAAGCGAUUCCCUUGGGUUCAACUCAGGAGGAUUUUCUAAAAAUGCUCACGGGAGCUUUUGCUGAUGAAGAGACAACUAAUUGGGGUACACCAUACAAGGAUGAGGCUAGGAUAGAGAAAGAAAGACAGAACAAACGUCAUCAAAUGUAG